ACCGAGUGAAGGGGCACCUGCCUGCCGGUCGCUCCUUUGCGGGGAGGAGAAGUCACCCACAUACAUGCUCUGCUCGGUCCUUUGUUUCCCUCUCCUCGCUUUCCCUCGCCACCGAUCCACCCGACGCGCACGUGAAGGCGUGUCCGAUGAGAGAGUCCCUCUCAUUCGUCAAUCCGUUCUGCCCGCCAGGCGGCGCAGAUACGGCCCCCUUGAUUGACUCCUUUUCCAGCUUCUUCGUCGACCGCUACCACCAUGACAUCUUGCGGAUUCUCUCCGAGCCGGACCCCUCGCAGCACUACUCACUGCUGGUGGACCUCCGGGAUAUCCUUGAUUACCAGGCCAAUUUGGCCUCAUUGUUGGUGAACUAUCCUCUGCAGAUUUUCCCCAUCUCCUCUCGGGCGCUGGUGGUGGCGCAGACGCGAGUGCAAAAGCCAUCGGCCGAUGACCCGGCGGCCUUUCCGGAUCCCGCAGCCUCGGAGAUCUCCGGGGACCUGGAUCUCCUGGACCCCGAAAGUUUGGCCUCUCUCUCGUCCAAUCGUCGACGAUUGUCUGUCAAGUCGAACAUUAUGCUCCGGCUGAAGAAUGUCCAUCUGUUUCCGGAGCUCCGGCGCGACUCCAUCCCCCGGACGGACGACAUUCACCGGUUGCUGGCGAUCGAUGCCACCGUUGUGAAGACCGGUGCCCCCCAGCUGCUCAUUACACAGCGGGAAUUCGAGUGCGCCCAGUGCCAUGGGCGCUUCAUGGUUGAGGCCGACAUCACCCAGUACUUUGCCAUCUCGCGCCCGGUCAAGUGCCUGGCCGCUGGCGGGGGUUUGGCCGACGCCGAGGGCGGCUGCCCGGGGAACAAGUUUAAUAUUGUCUCGGCCGGCGAGGAUUCCGGCGAUUUCGGCCCUACGGGCGGGUUUGGCGCCGGCGGGCAGGGCGACAUGCCGGCCGGCGAGUGGUGUCGUGAUAUCCAGGAGCUUCGCGUGCAGGAGCAGGCCGGUCGCCGUGCGACCAGCGCCAUUGGGGCCAUCCCGCGCUCGAUCACCGUCAUCGUGGAAGACUCCUUGGUGGACUCAUGCCAGGCCGGCGAUGAUGUGGUCAUUACCGGCAUUGUGAUGCGCCGCUGGCGGCCGGUGUCCCCGGACUCCCGGUGCACCAUCGAGCUAUUCAUCCGAGCCAUUCACAUUGAGGUCAGCAACAAGCAGCAGUCACUUGGCUGGAGCAUGACUCCCAUUCAGGCCAAUCUCUUUCGCAGGCACUGGGAACAGUUUGCGGCGAAGCCGCUUGCAGGCCGGAAUAUGAUCAUUUCGGCCAUCUGCCCGCAAACCUUUGGCUUGUACUAUGUCAAGCUGUCGGUAGCUUUGUGCCUGAUUGGCGGCGUGGCCCGCGUGGCCCAGGGCCCCGGUGGGUCCAUUGUUCCCGGCGCGGCGGACCCCAAUCUUCCCCAUACGCAUGGCUGGGCCCCAGCCCCCGGGGGCGGGGAGGACGGCCGCAUGACCGACGGUGCUGAUCCCUUCAGCGCCGAUUCGGCGGCCAUGGGGGGCACACGUCUGCGUGGACAUUCGCAUCUUCUGUUGAUUGGUGACCCGGGCACCGGGAAAUCCCAGUUUCUCAAAUUCGCAGCAAAGAUGUCCCCGCGCAGUGUGAUGACCACCGGUGUCGGAACCACUACCGCCGGUUUGACGGUUUCCGCCGUGCGAGAGGGAGGCGGCUGGUCUCUGGAGGCUGGCGCCCUGGUCUUGGCAGACGGCGGUCUGUGUUGCAUCGACGAGUUUGGCUCGGUGCGCACGCAUGACCGGGCUGCCAUUCACGAAGCCAUGGAGCAGCAGACCCUGUCCGUUGCCAAGGCCGGGAUGGUGUGUCGAUUGCGCGCGCGCUGCGCCAUCCUGGCAGCCACAAACCCCAAAGGCAAGUACGACCCCAGCCUGUCGGUGGAGAUGAACACGGCCAUCGCCAGUCCGCUGAUCAGUCGCUUUGAUUUGGUGAUGGUCCUGUGUGAUCGUGGCGAGCAGGUGUGGGAUGAGACGGUGUCGGGGUUCAUUUUGAGGAAUUGCUCCUCGGCCGCGGCACCGGGCUUGGCCUCCCCCGAGGCUGGGGCCGAGCCGGAGGCCUGGCCAUUGACCACUCUCAGGGCCUACUUCAGCCAUGUGCGAACGUCGCUCUUCCCGUCGCUGACGCCACCGGCUGCGCGGGUUCUUGGGGCGUACUACCAGGCGCAGCGUUCGCAUUCCGGCAACAACACCGGGGCCGGCGGCGGCGGCGGCGGUGGCGGAGCGCCCGCUCAGCGCACGACCCUUCGCCUGCUGGAGAGUCUGAUCCGUCUGUCGGAGGCGCAUGCGCGCCUCAUGCGUCGCGCCGAAGUCACCAUCGGUGAUGCCAUCGAGGUGAUCCUGAUCAUGGAGGCAUCGGCCCGGUCGCUGGGAAUUGUGGAGCGCUCGCGUGGCGCUUUCGGCUUUGGGGCUGGCCUGACACCUGGCGUGUCAACAACACUCCAUACAAACUUCCCCGACGACCCGGACCAGGAUCACUGUGAGGCCGCCAUCAGCAUUCUGAACUUCCUUAACCUGGGCGACCUGGUAGACGAGUUCUACUACACGGAUGCCGGGUCGGCGGAUGAUCAGCAUCGUCUUCACGCAUCCUCCUGCCUGGCCUUCGGCAUUCAGCCGCCAUCACAGCAGCAUCUCGGUGACUCCAUGCAUCGGACACAGGGCGGGACCCUGGCGCCGGCAUUGACACCGACCAUGCUGGAUGGGCUCUCAGGCGAGGAGGACGAGGAUGCCAUCUUCUCCUACUACCUAGAUGAGGACGACGAGGUCGGGGAAGAAGGGGCUGCGCGCGGUGGGGCUCUGUGGUCGAGCCCGGAUGACACCGGCCCUGGGACCAGGGCCGGGGUCGGAGCCGAUGCCGCUGGCGACCUUGGGGCCGAGUCCGACCCGGGGCCCGACAUCGAAUCGGACAGCGAUGGGGCCGCUGAUGACCGGUGACAACGAUGCGUCCGCUUGGUGGAGCCAAAAAAAUAGACAAAGACGCAUUGACAA